GAGUCAUUUUUUGUUCGCUCACUGACCUUAUCUCUCUCCCAAUUCUCUCUUGUUCAAAAGAGAGCAGCCAAUUUCUCAAUCAUAAAAAUCUUCACACAAAAAGGGUUAAUUCCUCUAAACCCUAUCUAUCGCUAUCUCCUUCCUCCACAAGUUUGGUGGAGAGAGAGUUCGAUAAAUUCUCAGUAGCAAAGCGGAAAUGGACUCUAAGUCGGCAACUCCAGAACCAACGAACCCCUUCUACGCUUCGGGGAAAUCAGGAAAAACCUAUGCUUCUGUUGUCGCCGCCGCUGCUGCUGCAGCCGCCGAUAAGGAGGAUGGUGGUGCUGUGAGUAGUGCCAAGGAGUUGGAUUCCUCGUCGGAGGCUUUGUCUGGUAAUUCGGAUAAGGUUGGAGCUGAUGAUUUAUCUGAUAAGGAGAAGCCGAAUUUGGAGGGUGACGGGAAAGUUUCUGACGAGGUGGAUGAUUCUGCUAUUCCCGAGGCUACUCCGAAGCCUGAGGUUGUUUCUGAUGGUACAAUUGAGGAAGAUGGUGUGUCAUUGCUAUCUCCGAAGCCGGAGGCUGUUUCUGAUGGUCUAGUGGUUGUGGAGGAGAAUAAGAAGGUUAAUGAGGACGUGGAAGAUAUUAAAGACGAUGGUGAGAGUAAGAUUGAAAAUGGGAGUGUUGAUGUUGGAGAGAAACAGGCUUCCACAGAUGGAAUAGUGGUGGAUGAGAAUCCAGAAAGGGAGAGUGAGAGUAAAGUGAAGGAUGUGGGAGAAGAAGAUGUUGGAGCAAAAAAAGUUGAUGAGGUAACACAGGCAAGUGGAGCCAAUGAGGAGGAGAGUGAGUUGAGUGGAAAAGUUGAUGUUGACGAUAAAAGUGAUUAUGUCAUUGAAGAAGAGGGUGUGAAGUUAACUGAUAAAGGAGACGUCAUAGUGGACUCGUCCCCUGUAGAAUCUGUGCAUGUUUAUGUGGCAAAACCAGGGGUGGCUGUUGUAGGAGACGCAGAGGGAAGUGAGGAGUUGAACAUUAAUGCUGAUGCUGAAACUCUUGAAGUGGCAAAUAAGUUUGAUCAAAUUGGGGAUGAUGAUGGUGGUGAAUUGGAACCUGUGUCUGAUAAGGCCAUUGAGGAGGUAGAAGAAAAAUUGAGUAGCGGAGCAGACUCCUCUAAAUUAGAAUCUGUGGAUACCAAUGCUGCAGAGCCAGAGGUGGUAGCUGUCGAGAGCGGGACUGAACCAAAGGAUGUGGAACAAACUAACGGAUUGGAGAAGGGUAUGACUUAUGCUGAGGUAAUCAAGGCAGCUACUGCAGUAGCUGACAAUGGAACCAAAGAGGAGGAGAGUGUGUUCAGUGGCGUAGUCGAUGAUGAAGAAGAAGGUGUUAAGUUAACCAACAAAGGAGACUUUGUGGUGGACUCAUCUGCUAUAAAAGCUGUGAAUGUAGAUGUGGCAAAGCCAGGGGUUGUUGUUGUUGGAGACGUAGAGGCAAGUGAGGUGCUGGAAACUGAUGGUAAGAUCACUGAUGUGCAUAAUAAGUUUGAUCCAGUUGGCCAAGUUGAAGGUGAUGGAGUUGAACGUGAAUCUGUUAAAGCCACUGAGGAGGGAGGAGAGAAGUUGACUAGUGAAGGAGACUCUGUGGUUGAUUCAUCUGUGGUGGAAUCUGUUGAUGCUGAUAUCAAUGUUGCAGAGCCAGGGGUUGUGGUUGUCAGGGCGGCGAAGGAGGCUGUAAUUAAGGAAGAUGAUGGAGAUGAUGAGGUUGACAAGACCAUCCCAAAUAUUGAGGAACCUGAUGACCUGACUGCUGCAUAUGAUGGAAAUUUUGAAUUGGCUGCUAAGGAAAUGUCAGGGGCAGCCAAAGUAGAGCCUGACGAACCAAAAGUAGGUGUGGAAGUAGAAGAAUCGCCCGUUUCUGAAAGUUUAACAGUGGGUUCGGUUGAUGCAAAAGAGGAUUCAAAUCCUGCAGCUCAGUCACAGUUUGAAGCAAACCAAAACCCAGAAGUUCGGGAAGUUUUCGAAGGGGACAAUGCUGAAGAGGGUGGAAACAAGCUCCCAGCCGAAGACAUUGUUUCUUCUCGUGAGUUUAGCUUUGAAGGUAAGGAAGUGGACCAGGAACCUUCUGGCGAAGGUGUUACCAGGGUUGAUGGGUCUGAAAGUGAAGAAGAAACUGAAGAGAUGAUAUUUGGGAGUUCUGAAGCUGCAAAACAGUUCUUAGCAGAGCUGGAAAAGGCUUCUUCUGGUAUAGAGGCACAUUCUGACGAAGCAAACAUUUCUAACAAUAUGUCAGAUAGGAUUGAUGGCCAGAUUGUCACCGAUUCUGACGAGGAUGUAGACACAGAGGAUGAAGGUGAGGAGAAAAUGUUUGAUUCUGCAGCUUUGGCUGCGCUUUUGAAGGCAGCCACUGGUGGUGGAAGUUCAGAAGGUGGCAACUUUACCAUAACAUCUCAGGAUGGCACGAAGCUUUUCUCUAUGGAUCGACCUGCUGGUUUGAGUUCAUCGUUAAGGCCCUUGAAACCUGCAGCAGCUCCACGUGCAAACCGUUCCAACAUCUUUUCCAAUCCUAAUGUCACAAUGGCAGAUGAGACUGAGGUUAACUUGAGCGAGGAAGAGAAAGAGAAAUUAGAAAAGUUGCAAAGUCUCCGUGUGAAGUUUUUGCGGCUUUUGCAAAAGUUGGGGCAUUCGGCAGAAGAUUCAAUCGCAGCGCAGGUUCUUUACCGUCUUGCACUACUUGCUGGGAGACAAACAGGGCAGUUUUUCAGUCUUGAUGCUGCGAAGAAGAAGGCUGUGGAGUCUGAGGCUGAGGGCAACGAAGAUUUGAACUUCUCUCUAAACAUACUGGUCCUUGGAAAAGCUGGGGUGGGAAAAAGUGCUACUAUAAACUCCAUUUUGGGAAAUCAGAAGGCGUCCAUUGAUGCUUUUGGGCUCUCAACCACUUCGGUUAGAGAAAUUUCUGAAACCGUGGGUGGUGUCAAGAUUACCUUUAUUGAUACUCCGGGUUUGAAGUCUGCUGCGAUGGAUCAAAGUGCAAAUGCAAAAAUGUUGUCCUCUGUAAAGAAGGUAAUGAAGAAGUGUCCCCCUGAUAUUGUACUAUAUGUAGAUCGUCUUGACACCCAGACCAGGGACUUGAACAAUAUGCCCUUGCUAAGGACGAUUACUGCUUCUCUCGGUACAUCAAUAUGGAAAAACGCUAUAGUAACAUUGACCCAUGCUGCUUCUGCCCCUCCUGAUGGCCCAUCUGGCACCCCAUUGAGCUAUGAUGUGUUUGUAGCACAGUGCUCACAUAUUGUGCAACAGUCUAUAGGGCAGGCCGUUGGAGAUCUGCGCUUGAUGAAUCCAAGUCUGAUGAAUCCAGUUUCUCUUGUUGAGAAUCACCCCUUGUGUAGGAAGAACCGGGAGGGAGUGAAGGUUCUCCCGAAUGGCCAAACUUGGAGACCCCAGCUGUUGCUAUUGUGUUACUCCCUGAAGGUUUUGUCAGAAGCUAAUUCUCUUUUGAAGCCUCAAGAACCAUUGGAUCAUCGUAAAGUAUUCGGUUUCCGAGUUCGAUCCCCGCCUCUCCCUUACUUGUUGUCUUGGCUGUUGCAGUCCCGUGCACAUCCUAAGCUCCCCGGAGACCAAGGUGGUGAUAGUGUUGACUCUGAUAUCGAAAUUGAUGAUGUGUCUGAUUCUGAGCAGGAAGAUGGGGAAGAUGAUGAGUAUGACCAGCUGCCACCAUUUAAGCCUCUUCGAAAAACCCAACUUGCAAAACUCUCAAAGGAACAGAGAAAGGCAUAUUUCGAGGAGUAUGAUUACCGGGUAAAGCUCCUGCAGAAGAAGCAAUGGAGAGAGGAAUUGAAGAGGAUGAAAGAAAUGAAGAAAAACGGGAAGAAGGUGGGUGAGAGUGAGUUUGGUUAUCCGGGAGAAGAAGAUGAUCCAGAAAACGGGGCUCCAGCUGCAGUGCCAGUUCCAUUACCCGAUAUGGUUUUGCCACCUUCAUUUGAUAGUGAUAACUCAGCUUACCGAUACCGAUUUCUUGAACCCACUUCACAACUCCUAACCAGGCCAGUGUUGGACACCCAUGGUUGGGACCAUGACUGUGGAUAUGACGGCGUCAAUGCAGAACUCAGUCUUGCUGUAGCAAGCCGGUUCCCUGCCACAGCUACUGUCCAAGUCACCAAGGACAAGAAAGAGUUCAACAUUCAUCUGGACUCCUCGGUGUCUGCUAAGCACGGCGAGAAUGGAUCCACCAUGGCAGGGUUUGAUAUUCAGAAUGUAGGUAAGCAGCUGGCAUAUGUGGUCAGAGGAGAAACCAAAUUCAAGAACUUGAGGAAGAACAAGACAACUGUUGGAGGGUCAGUGACAUUCUUGGGAGAGAACAUCGCCACUGGUGUCAAACUCGAGGACCAAAUAGCACUGGGGAAAAGGUUUGUGCUUGUGGGCAGCACUGGGACAAUGCGAUCACAGGGAGAUUCGGCCUAUGGUGCGAACCUUGAGGUCAGGCUUAGGGAAGCUGAUUUCCCAAUUGGACAGGACCAAUCUUCUUUUGGGCUGUCUUUGGUGAAGUGGAGAGGUGAUUUAGCCCUAGGAGCCAAUCUCCAAUCUCAACUCUCUGUUGGAAGGAACUCAAAGAUCGCGCUUCGUGCAGGACUUAACAACAAGAUGAGCGGACAGAUCACAGUCAGAACCAGCAGCUCAGAUCAGUUGCAGAUUGCUCUCACGGCCAUUCUUCCAAUUGCCAUGUCCAUCUACAAGAGCAUUCGACCAGACGCGACAAACGACAAGUACAGCAUGUACUAAAUAUGCGGAUGAAUGCUGCCGAAGGAUCUUUUUUUUAUAUUACUGGUUUUUAGUUCAUGUUUUUUCCCCACUUUAAUAAAAACUUUGUUGAAGUUUAUCAAAGUUGUAUUUUGGUUCUGUUGAGAGGUUCCCGUCGGAUUUAUCAUGUAUCAGUAAUUCUUCAAUUUCAGUAGCCCUUCUCAGCUUCUCUUGCUGUUCUUCAGAUAAUGGAGCCUAGUUCAGUCU